AUGCAUAAACACCUACACCAUGUUUCUCAUACCAUCAAGUCUUAUUUAUCAACUCAUAUCGCCUUAGACAACCUUAAGGUAUUGGCGUUUUUGAUUUCGCUCUUGUCUUGUCUUGUGGCAGGGUCGAUAUUGUUGUUUUCAUUGUACACGUCAUCGUUCCAUGAUGUUUUGGGUUUGUCGUAUUUGCAGAUUAACUUGAUAGCGUCGUUAUCGGCGUUGGGGAUGUACUUUUGUUUGCCUGUAUUGGGGUACUUGGCUGAUUCGUAUGGCCCGGCGUUGUUGUCGUUGUUUCUGAUUUGGUUUUUCUGUCCCAGCUACUUUGUCAAUAGUUAUUUGGUGAGUUCAAAGAGCGAGUCGGUGGUGGGGUUCUGCGUUUGUUUUUGUCUUAUUGGGCUAGCCACAUCGUCGUUAUACUUUUCGAGCUUGAUUACGUGUGCACGUAUCUACCCUGACCAUAAAGGGUUGGCGAUUUCUUUGCCUAUAACCUGUUAUGGUCUUUCUGCGUUGCUUGGGGCACAAAUCUUGAAGUUGCCGUAUUUCCACCACCACGAAAAUUUGGAUUUGCAGGUGGUUUUCCUGUUUUUUGCGUGGCUUUAUUUGGUGGUGGGUAUUGCCAGUUUUGUCUCUAGUUCUAUUGUUAUAGUUGAGCUGGAGUUGUUGUUUAAUGUGGCAACGACGCCAGACGAGGAGACGGCAUUGCUUGAACUCACACCAACGAGAUCCCUCGAACCGCCCAACCACCACCGGAGAUUUAUAGAGUUUCUUAAGGACCCGUCAGCAUGGAUUUUGCUUGUGUCGUUGAUCCUUAACAUUGGCCCGAUGGAGAGUUAUCAGAACAAUUUGGGGUCGAUUUUGAAGCAUACCAAUGGCGCAGAUUUGCCGAACCAAGUCAGUAUUAUGGCUGCAUCAUCGACGGGGGCGCGGUUGUUAUUGGGAGUGUUAUCGGACUAUGUGUCCGAAUAUGUUUGUCGAGUAUGGAUAUUGGUGGUGGUGAUAAUGGUUGGGGUAGUGGGACAGUUUUCACAAUCGUCAGCCAUCCUCAACGGUGUUUCGUAUGGCGGUAUGUUUACGAUAUAUCCUACGAUUGUUGCCUCGAUCUGGGGCAUUGACAUUAUGGGGUCUACGUGGGGGUCAUUUAUGGUUGCGCCCGCUCUUGGGUCGGUCAUUUUCUCGAUGUUUUAUGGGCGGAAUGCCGAUUCGUGUUCUGAUUGUUUGCUGCAUUAUUUCUACACGACUGCUGGGGCAAUGAUUAUUAGUUGUAUAUUUGUGCUUGUGGCGUGGAAGAUAUGGUACGCCAAAGGGUUUACGAGAUUUUGA